GGAUGUUUCCUGGAAUUGCCCUGGGAUCAUGGGGCCUCCCUCCUGAGUCCUGUUUACAGCUCCCCCCCAGCCCAGUGCACUGAACGAGCGGCUGAGCUGAGCUCACAGACCACACUGAUCAGGGAUCAGGCAGAGGCAGUACAGGAAUCUCUUCCUGUGCAUCAAACUGAAGCAUGCAGCUACUGGGCAAACUCUGUGCCCUUAUCCUAACUUCAUCUCUCAUCCAACUGGAUAUCUACUGCCAGGGGCGCACAUUUUUGUCUCCACAGUAUGCUUCCAAUUUUCUCAUACGAAAACGUAGAGCAAACUCGUUCUUGGAAGAAGGCAAAGCAGGAAAUCUUGAGAGAGAAUGCAUUGAAGAACUGUGCAAUAGAGAGGAAGCAAGGGAAGUUUUUGAAAAUGACCCAGAAACGGAAUAUUUUUACCCAAGGUACUUAGAUUGCCUUGGCACUCACCGCAAGGGAAUGUCUAGCAGCGUAAACUAUUUGAGUUAUGAUGGGACUUCUGAUCUGAGGAGUUGUGUUAAUGCAAUCCCUAAUCAAUGCAACCCUGUCCCGUGCAAUAAGGAUGGAUAUCAGGAAUGCGUAGAUGAGAAAGGAGACUUUAAAUGUAUUUGUAAACCUGGGUGGUACGGGAAAGAAUGUGAACUAGACAUCAAUGAAUGUGAUGAGCCUGAUAAAGUGAACGGAGGAUGCAACCAACGAUGUGUAAAUUUGCAGGGAAGUUAUCGGUGUGCUUGUGAAGAUGGUUACUACCUGCAUGCAGACAAACAUACCUGCCUUGAUUUAAAUGAAUGUGAACUGGCCAACUUGUGUGGGAGUGCAAAAUGCAUUAACACCCCUGGGAAGUAUGACUGUGAAUGUGAUCCAGGCUAUAGAUAUAACAUCUCCUCCAAAGUUUGUGAAGAUGUAGAUGAAUGUGCUGAGAAAGUAUGCACUCACAAUUGUGUUAAUCGGCCAGGAGGUUACACUUGUUACUGUGAUGGAAGAGAGAAAUUUAAGCUUGCCCAAAACAAGAAAUCGUGUGAUGUCAUCCCAAUUUGUGUGCCACUGAAUCUGGAGACAAAUUAUGAACUACUCUACUUAGCUGAACAAUUCACUGCAAUACCUGUAGUUUAUGUGACCUUUAAACUGCCAGAUAUAACUAGAUUUUCUGCUGAAUUUGAUUUUCGAACGUACGAUGGAGAGGGAGUCCUUCUGUAUGCCGAGUCUCCUGAUAGCAAUUCCUGGUUACUGCUUGCUCUGAGAGACGGAAAGAUUGAAAUCCAGUUCAAGAAUGAAUUAUGGACCAAGGUUACAUCUGGUGGGAAGUCCAUCAAUAAUGGUGAAUGGCAUAUAAUAUCCGUGGAAGAGUUUGAAACCAUGAUCAGUGUGAAGAUAGCAAAAGAAGCAGUUAUGAAUAUCAAUAACCCCACAUCUCUGUUCAAACCCAUCAAUGGAAUUUUGGAAACCAAAGUUAACAUUGCAGGACUGCCACGGAAGGUGGAAAAUCUCAUUAAACCGAUUAACCCACGAUUGGACGGAUGUAUUCGUGGAUGGAACUUAAUGAACCAAGGAGCUCUGGGAGUAAAAGAGGUCAUCCAGCAAACGCAGAGCAAGCAUUGCCUAGUGUCUGUGCACAAAGGCUCCUAUUAUCCUGGGGGUGGACUUGUCCAAUUUCUAGUGAACUAUAAGAACGCAUCAACCGAAGGAAAUUGGUCAGUGAAUGCUACUCUAGAUAUUCGGUCAUCAACAGGAACUGGUGUUUUGUUUGCCUUGGUUUCUGGGAAGACUGUGCCUCUCGCUCUAGCUAUGGAAGACCAGUCAUCUGAUAUCUUACAGGACUUGGUGGUUAGCGUACAUAAUGUUAUCAUUGCACGGCUGGCAACGAAAAGGAUUUGUACCACCAAGAAUCUUCUAGUGAAUUUGAAAGUCACAAAAUCUAACGUAGAACUAGUGACUGAUUCAUAUACUGAAAUCACUUAUUCACCUAAAGAGCAACUGGUUAAACAACUUUCCAUUUUGGACCAAGCAAUGAAAGGACAUGUGGAUACAUAUUUGGGAGGAAUACCAGGCAUUCCGCUUACUGCUACUCCGGUGUCCGCGUUUUAUAUUGGCUGCAUGAAUGUGACCAUAAAUGAUAAAUUGUUGGAUUUGGACGAAGCGGUGUUCAAGCAAAAUGAUAUCCGAUCACAUUCAUGUCCUUUAGUUCAAUAAUCUUAUUUGGUUUUAUUUUUAGAUACCACUACUGAGUAACCAAAGUUUUUUUGUCCAAGACAAAGUGUGCCAGAAAAGCAUUGCUAAUAUGAUGGAAUUCUUGAAGUGCCUAGAUUAAGUUCAUUAUAUUUUUGGCUCUGGCACUAUAAGCACAUUUUUUCUUUUUUUUUCUAUUUUUCCUUUUCUUGGCAUUCCACAAAUUUACACCAAGCACCACCGUGUAUUGCCUUUGAUCCUAUUAUGUGAUUUAUGUCAGUGUUAUAAUUAUGAUAUAUGUUUGUAUUUCAUAGAUAAAAUCUAGUUUCAUUAAGAUUUAAACCGAAGGGGAUUUUUUUUUCUAAGAACUUUUAUGAAAUAUACGGGGAGUUUAGAACAAAAAAUUCAAACAAUUUUACAUACUGUUUUGUCAUAUAUUGAAACCGCUAGAGACAAAUAUAUUGUACAGUAAAAAACAAACAAACA